GGGGCGGGCGCUCGCCCUCUGCCCCCUGACCCUGCGCGGCGGCGGCGGCAGGAGCGGAGGUGGUGGUUGCUGCUGGCCGUUUCCUGGUGGCUUGGCGGCGGCGAGAAAGGAUGCGGCGCAGGUCUCGGCUGCUGCUCUGCUUCGCCUUCCUCUGGGUGCUGGGCAUCGCCUACUACAUGUACUCGGGGGGCAGCGCCGCGCUGGCCGGCGGCGGCAGGAAGGAGGACCCAAAUGAUAUCGACCCAAAAAGGAAAGAUGUGCGUGGCAGCAAUGGGGAGGACAAAGCACAAAAUGUGGAGACGCUACCUCCAGGAAAAGUUCGAUGGCAAGAUUUUGAUCAAGAUGCUUAUGUUAGCGCUACCAUGGUGCGAUCCGGUCAGGAUCCAUACGCCCGUAAUAAGUUCAAUCAAGUAGAAAGCGACAAACUGCGAAUGGACCGAAACAUUCCUGACACGAGGCAUGAUCAGUGUCAACGGAAACAAUGGCGGAUAGAUUUGCCAGCCACUAGUGUGGUCAUCACCUUUCACAAUGAGGCAAGAUCUGCUUUACUUCGAACUGUUGUCAGUGUCCUUAAAAAAAGCCCAUCGCAUCUUAUUAAGGAAAUCAUACUGGUGGAUGACUACAGUAACGAUCCUGAGGAUGGUGCGCUCUUGGGAAAAAUUGAAAAAGUGCGAGUUCUUCGAAAUGAUCGCCGAGAAGGCUUGAUGCGCUCCCGUGUCAGAGGGGCAGAUGCAGCACAGGCAAAAGUACUAACCUUCCUAGAUAGUCACUGUGAAUGCAAUGAACACUGGCUGGAACCGCUUUUGGAAAGAGUAGCUGAGGACAAGACCAGAGUUGUGUCUCCUAUUAUUGAUGUAAUUAAUAUGGACAACUUCCAGUACGUGGGGGCGUCAGCUGAUUUAAAAGGCGGCUUCGAUUGGAACCUGGUGUUCAAGUGGGAUUACAUGACUCCAGAGCAAAGAAGAGCGCGGCAGGGAAACCCAGUUGCUCCCAUAAAGACACCCAUGAUAGCUGGAGGGUUAUUUGUGAUGGACAGAUCCUACUUUGAAGAACUAGGGAAGUAUGACUUGAUGAUGGAUGUUUGGGGUGGAGAAAACCUAGAGAUCUCAUUCCGAGUUUGGCAGUGUGGUGGGAGCCUCGAAAUCAUCCCUUGCAGCAGAGUGGGUCAUGUGUUCCGCAAACAGCAUCCUUACACGUUUCCUGGUGGAAGUGGUACGGUGUUUGCAAGAAAUACACGCAGAGCAGCAGAAGUCUGGAUGGAUGAGUAUAAAAACUUCUAUUAUGCAGCAGUGCCUUCAGCCAGAAAUGUACCUUACGGCAACAUUCAAAGCCGAAUGGAACUCAGAAAGAGACUUAGCUGCAAACCCUUCAAGUGGUACCUUGAAAAUGUUUAUCCUGAGUUACGGGUACCUGAUCAUCAAGAUAUAGCUUUUGGGGCUUUGCAGCAGGGUACCAAUUGCCUUGACACUUUGGGCCAUUUUGCAGAUGGUGUUGUUGGAGUUUAUGAAUGCCAUAAUGCCGGGGGAAACCAGGAAUGGGCCUUGACAAAGGACAAGUCAGUGAAACACAUGGAUUUGUGCCUUACUGUUGUGGACAGAGCACCUGGUUCACUAAUAAAACUUCAGGGUUGCAGGGAAAAUGACAGCAGACAGAAAUGGGAACAAAUUGAAAGCAACUCUAAACUCAGGCAUGUUGGCAGUAACCUCUGUCUAGACAGCCGAAAUGCCAAAAAUGGUGGUCUCACCGUUGAGGUCUGCAGUCCUUCUUUGUCACAGCAAUGGAAAUUCACACUUAAUCUGCAGCAGUAGAAGGACUUACAUGCAAAAUGCUGUUUCAGUUUGUAGACUUUGGGCAAAGUUUUGAUUGCAUUACUGAUGUAUUUCUUAAACUUUCCACGGAACUUAUAUACCUCAGUAUUCCACCUUCAUCUGAAAGUAGGAGAGCGCUGAAGCAGACACCAGGGAACCGGGUGGACUUGGAGCACUGCAGUGACUUCACUGAACAUGACUGCAGCACAGUUCCUGUUUGGUGUGAAGACUUUAACAGUUCCUUUGUCUUCAGUUACAUACUUGCACAGCAGAAAAUCAACUCUAGGAACAGCUGAUGUAUAAUAGAACAUGGAUCUCAAAAAACACCUGUGGGGAGCAGGGUAUGGGAGGGAGGGUGGGAAAAACUACUUAGGAGAAGAUCAUUUGAAAUCUCCAUUUGCUUAGAAAUCAUUGUUUGUGGUUUCCAGAAACAGAAGUGUCAUUUUGAAAGGUUUUUUUCCUGUGUGUACUUGGUAUAUUUGAAUAUGAACUUUUCUAUGAUGGACUCUAAAUAUAAAUAUAUAAAAUAUAUAUAAUCAGCUCCCAAUGAUUUAUAUCAAUUUUCAUCAUCCUAUAAUUAUCAACAAAGUGAUUGACAUAUAUAACCAGAAAUUGAAUUGGAAUGUUAGGAGAAUGAAACUUUGAAGGUGCAGGUUUUGUGCUGCUGAGUAUGAUGUCCGUGGUAACACUGGAUGCUUUUGCUUUGCAAACUGGAUCUACUUCUUAACACUUCACCCUCACUGGAGAUCAUGCAGCUCAGGAGGAGAAAGAAAAUAGCAGAACAAGCUGGUGUAUCUGCGCAGACUAUUGCUUGGAUUGUUUAUUCCAACUUGGAAAUUCACAACAUGUGCUCUGGGCAUCUGUAAACUUUUACUUGAUGUUUGUGUUGAUCAUUUCUGUAGUACUUUGUCUUUAAAAUACUUCUUCCUUUGUUUAAAAAACACUGUAUAAACAGUGCAGAUCUUUCACAGCUGCAGCCACGCAGGUUCAGCACUGUUUUAUGCUGGGCCUAAUCGGAAUAGUUUCUUUGUCUCAAACUCCCCUUUUGAGUUUUCAAAGUAAGAUAAAUAGUAACAUUACUGUCUACAGAUAGCACAAGACCUUAAUUUUAAUUUGCAAGGAUGAGCAGCUACAUAAUAUCUCUGAAUUGCACUUGCUUAACUUACAGACCUACUACUGGGGAAUUUUCUUGAGCUGUGUUUCUUUAAAUGGAGUUUUUGAAUGGAUUCAGGCUUGGCUCUGGGAAUCAGUCUGGAUACCAGCAGAUCCUAUAUGGUGUUUUUUAAAUGUAGAAACAAUCCAUUUUAAGUCCAGCUGAUGUAAUUUUUUUAUUAAAAUAAUACUGUCAAAGUUGACCCCAACUUUGACCUGUGCUUUCUUAGAUUUGCGUAGAAUAUAUACUUUUUUAUUAAGCAAAUGCUUCAGUGAGCUUUUACAAUAAAAAGGAGAGGUAAAUAAGUAGUUCCAGCACUAAUAAGCAACACAGCCUAGACAAAAACUAGUGCAGAUGUGCAGUGUCAGGAAAUGGCUUUUGUAAGAUUAUGGAUCUCAGAAAAUGUAGAUGAUAAACAUUUACUGUACUGUAGUAUGCUGGUACACUUUUUCCUUCUUUUUUGUCUCUGGAAAUAGAAUAGUUCCUGAUUUUCAGUUUCCUUUGGCUGCAUUUCUACAGUAGGUGUAAAGGUGGUACUCUUGUGGGCAAAAUGGCUUUAACUGUGUCAGUAAAUGUGCCCAUAAAUCCCAUGUGUGCGCAUACCUGUAAGUCUUGCAUGUCUGAAGCUGUGACUUGCAAGUACCUGCAUCCCUUUUGAAUGGGAACAUUAAGGGAAAUGGUAUAUCCAACUUCUCUCAUCUAUCAUUUGACUUUUUCUAUGAAUAUUUUUUUUUUGCUUUUUCACAGUGCACUUCCCCUGAACUUGCCUGUUUUAGAGGCCAUACAGCAGAUAAACUUGUUUUCAGCUUUUAGUCUCUCCCUAGCUGUAGCCUUUUAACCUAGCUGAGAAUUUGAUGAAGAAUGUGAUUUACAAACAGCAGUGGAUUUCUACUGCUCUGCAAAGUAAAUGCUGAAGUAUGGGCUCAGCAGCAAGUCAGUUGUUUGCAGGUUUGGAAAAAUGGAAUAUAAAUAAAUAAAAUCCAUGCAGCCUCUGCUCUGGAUGUUUUCCAAUUGCAAAUUUGAUCAUAGUAAACAUAGUAGUAAUUGAAAUCAGAAAUUGCAAUUCUGACCUGCCUCUUAACUCCAGGUCAGAAUAAUUAGUAAAAUUCCCUACUCCACCCCUUAACCAAGUCUUGAAUGUCAACGUGUAUCAUGUAAAGUAGAAAUAUUUCUCUAAUUCCCCACAGAUGCUGUGCAUAGGGAUUUUAAUAUAGGAACUGUAUGUUUUACACAGCAUUACUUUUCUUUGAGAGAACAGACACAAAGUGGUAUCUUUUUGUUUUGUUUACAUGACAGCGUGCCAAAGUUAUUUACUGUGAUUUUAGGGAAUUUUAAUGUUUAAGAAAUCAGCCUAUUUGAAAGAUAAAUUAAGAGCCCUUGAAGCAAAUAGUGAUGGAUUCUUCUGAGAACUUUUCUUACAGUCUUCAGAGCAAGAAUGGUAACACGUUUGUUUUGCAGAUUUUCAAGACAUAGUCUGGAAACUUUUUUCAGUUGGUUUGAAAAGUCUGCUGUACAGAGCUUGUACUUUGUUCAUUUUAUAGAUGGAAACCAUCCUUGAAAAAUUGUUUAACUUAAAUAAAGAAGAAUGCUUUAUAGAAAA